AAGCGGCCAACAUUAGGGUCGGGAAGAGGUUUGCCUUGCCGCCCGCAAUCGUAGCGCCGCGUGGACUUUUGGGGGGAGCGGCGCGAAGAGUCCCUCCCUGAAGCAGGCACCGAGCGAGAGGUGGAGCCGGGUGGUACCUUGGGGGCUGGUCCCGGCAGGGUCGGCUCACCCCAGGCAGCGGGGAGGCGUGGCGCUGGCGUUUGGCCGGACGGACACCUGGGAGCCCCUGGAGCAGAAGGACCACCCCGGGGGACGGCGGGCAGGGCUGGUCCGGCGCCAGGAUCCAGCCUCGGCGGCCGCGGACGAAAGUCUUUCCCGGGCGGCAUUGGAUGAGGGCGCGGGGUCAGGAGGUGAAGUCAACAGCAAACAGACCCAAGAGGAGUGGCAGGCGGGGAGUCGCAGCCGCCGCCGGCCCGGGGGGCGAGCGGGAAGAUCAGACCAUGGACGGCAGCUGCCACCCCCAGCAGCUGCAGGAGGAAGCGGUGGAAGCGUGGCUGGAUGAUCACGGGGACUUUGCCCGCUCUUACUUUGUUAAGAAAGCCACAAGAGAAAUGGUCAAUGCAUGGUUUUCUGAGAGAGUUCAUACCAUUCCAGUGUGCAAAGAAGGUACCAAACACCACAGUGAACCUUGUUCUUGUCCCAGUCACCAAACAGCACGGGCUGAGAGCAGUGCUCCCACACCACCAGCCAGGAAGAUAUCUGCUUCUGAAUUCGAUCGCCCUCUUAGGCCCAUUGUGGUCAAAGAUUCUGUUGGAACAUUGAGUUUUUUGUCGGACUCUGAAAAAAAGGAACAGAUGCCUCUACAGCCUCAGAGGUUUGGAACGGAUGCUGUGGAUCAGUGUUCAAGGCUCUUAGAACUAGUGAAGGAUAUUUCCAGUCACUUAGAUGUCGCUGCUCUGUGUCACAAAAUUUUCUUGCACAUCCAUGAAUUAAUAGCAGCGGAUCGCUACUCCCUUUUCCUGGUCUGCGAAGACAGUUCCAAUGAGAAAUUUCUUGUCAGCAGGCUUUUCGAUGUUGCUGAAGGUUCUACCUUGGAAGAAGCAUCGAACAACUGUAUCCGCUUGGAAUGGAACAAAGGGAUUGUGGGUCACGUGGCAGCUCUGGGUCAACCUUUAAAUAUUAAGAAUGCAUACGAGGAUCCCAGAUUCAAUGCAGAAGUGGACCAGAUCACAGGUUACAAGACACAGAGCAUUCUUUGUAUGCCAAUAAAGAACCAUAGGGAAGAGGUGGUUGGUGUGGCCCAAGCAAUCAAUAAGAAAUCUGGAAUUGGAGGAAUAUUUACGGAGCAGGAUGAGAAGGAUUUUGCUGCUUAUUUGGCUUUUUGUGGAAUUGUUCUUCACAAUGCUCAGCUAUAUGAGACAUCCCUGCUUGAAAACAGACGAAAUCAGGUGCUCCUUGAUCUUGCCAGUUUAAUAUUUGAAGAACAGCAGUCCCUGGAAGUCAUUUUGAAGAAGAUAGCGGCCACCAUAAUCUCCUUCAUGCAGGUGCAGAAGUGCACAAUUUUCAUAGUGGAUGAAGACAGUUCAGAUUCAUUUUCCAGAGCCUUUCACAUGGAGUUUGAGGAAUUAGAAGACUCCAGUGAUUCCCACAAAAGAGACUAUGAUACAAACGAAAUUAAUUACAUGUAUGCCCAGUAUGUCAAGAAUACCAUGGAGCCUCUCAACAUUCCAGAUGUUCGCCAAGAGAAGAGAUUUCCUUGGACAAGUGAAAAUUCCGACAGUAGAAACCAGAACGUAGAAAGUUUGCUAUGUACACCAAUUAAAAAUGGCAAGAAGAAUAAAGUGAUAGGAGUUUGUCAGCUGGUAAAUAAGAUGGAAGAGAAUUCGGGAAAAAUAAAAGCUUUUAACCGAAAUGAUGAACAGUUCCUGGAAGCGUUUGUCAUCUUCUGUGGCUUGGGGAUCCAGAAUACACAGAUGUAUGAAGCAGUGGAAAGAGCCAUGGCAAAACAGAUGGUGACAUUAGAGGUUCUUUCUUACCAUGCUUCAGCUGCUGAAGAAGAAACAAGGGAGCUUCAGGUAACAGCGGCUGCUGUUGUACCAUCUGCGCAAUCUCUUAAACUCACAGACUUCUACUUUAGUGACUUUGAACUGUCAGAUAUGGAAACCUCUCUUUGCACAAUUCGAAUGUUUAUCGAUCUUAAUCUUGUGCAAAAUUUCCAAAUGAAACAUGAGGUCCUUUGCAGAUGGAUUUUAAGUGUGAGGAAAAAUUAUCGGAAAAAUGUUUCCUAUCACAAUUGGAGACAUGCCUUUAACACAGCCCAGUGCAUGUUUGCUGCUUUAAAGUCAGGAAAAAUUCAGAACAAACUUACUGAUGUCGAAGUCCUUGCUUUGCUGAUUGCAGCGCUGAGCCAUGAUUUAGAUCACAGAGGGGUGAACAAUGCUUACAUACAGAGAAGUGAACAUCCCCUUGCCCAGCUGUACUGUCAUUCAAUCAUGGAACAUCACCAUUUUGAUCAGUGCCUGAUGAUUCUCAACACCCCGGGAAACCAGAUUCUCAGCGGCCUUUCUAUUGAAGAAUACAAAGCUACUCUGAAAAUGAUAAAACACGCUAUUCUUGCCACUGAUCUGGCGCUGUACAUCAAGAGGAGAGCGGAAUUCUUUGACCUUCUGAGAAAGAAGCAGUUUAGCUUGGAAGACCCCUAUCAAAAGGAGCUGUUUUUAGCAAUGUUGAUGACCGCAUGUGAUUUGUCAGCAAUAACAAAGCCAUGGCCAGUUCAGCAAAGGAUAGCUGAGCUUGUAGCUGCAGAAUUCUUUGACCAAGGUGAUAAGGAGAGGAAAGAACUCAACAUAGAGCCAACGGAUCUAAUGAACCGAGAGAAGAAAAACAAGAUCCCCAGCAUGCAAGUUGGAUUUAUUGAUGCCAUCUGCUUACAGCUCUAUGAGGCGCUGGUACACAUUUCAGAGGCCUGUUCCCCUUUGCUGGAUGGCUGCAGAAGGAACAAGCAGAAAUGGCAGGCAUUAGCUGAGCAGCAAGAAAGUAACAUGAUCAACGGUGAAAGCAAUCAGCCCAAGAGGAACUGAGAUAGCAUUUGGUUAAGGAACAUUGGUUUACAAAGUUAUUUACAUAUAGUCAUUUGGAAAUACUUACGUUUUGCUAGACACUGUACGAAAUAAGUAUAUAAUUUGCCACUGCUGUAUUUUAAUUAACAAGAGACAUAUAUUUUUGCACAGCAUUCAGAAGCGCAAUGUGACCUUUUUAUGUGUAUGAUAUAUAAUAGAUGUAUAUUUUCAAUAUUUCAUUUUUAUGUGGAGGAGAACUAGCUCUGCCAUUAGCAGAUCCAGUUUGCUCUGCUCUGCUUUAUAUGAUGGUAUGGAAAAACAAAAGGUCCUAGGACUGCUUUGGUUUUGAGUUGUACAUAGUUGUCUAGUUCCAGUGAAUGGCCAGUACUUUAAAGGUUACCAUAUUUGGCACCUUUUCCAUUCUUGUGUUGUCUGUUUUUGUAAGUGUAAAUAAUGAAAGAGCAACAUUGGCUUUGGAAGCUUGAAUUGUUUACUUUUCCUUUAAUCUGAUAUAGACUGUUUCAAAGAAAGCAUGUAGAAGAGAACUGGGAGAAAGCAUACUGAGAUUCAUAGGGAUGAAAUUCAGUGGCUUGGGGGAAUAUGCUGAAUCUGUGCCUUUUUUUUUGUUCUAAUGGGAAUGCUUCAGCUAAAUGAACUGACCUGUGAAUUACUAGGCAGUCAAGACCCAUGAAGGCAGCUCCACAGAUGGACCUUUUAAGAGAUCUACAAGAAUGAUGAAAAGCUUGUAAAGAUCACAAUGCAGUGUCAUAGCGUGGAGCCACUGGUGACUGAGGAAGAACAUCUUUGAUGCAAAACUGAAAGAAAUGUAGAGGUGGAAGGAAAAGAAAUAGAGGGAAAGAAUUGACCAUAUGAACUGGGCUACCUUUGUUGUGGUGGCAUUAUCCUUUAGGCAAGCUGAAUGUCAGUGGAGAAGAACACAAGACUUGUACAAAAGAGUGAAGGAGACCAGGCCUAUUCCAGAACUUGAGAAUUUCUCUGGAUAUUGUAAAGCUGAAUCAGAGCUCAGAAAAAGCCAAGAUUACUUAAAAGCAAUGGUUUUUAAUUGCAAAGUUUGUUUAAGAAUGGACUUUGGAAAGAAAAGGGUUUUUUUUUUCCAAAAGAUCUUUCAGCUUGGAACAAUCAUAACUACAAAGUCUUCAAGCAACAAGUACAAAUGAAAACAGCUGAGAACACUUCAGGGAGUUAUAACUUACAAAUGUUGUUUAGAACAAGUAAAACAAAAAGACUAUUAGUUCAAGAAAUAACAUGGAUAAGACAAAUCUUAAAUUACUAUCUUGCUUUACUGCUUACAGUCACUUCACAAAACAGGGUUUGGAUUGGUAGGAUAUUUGUAAUGUGGAUGCAACUUUGGCUAUAUCCAGAUGUUUAUAAAAAUGUUUUCACGUGUUAAACUUUGCAGGGCAAGAUAACAAUAGCUAUAUGCACAUCUGUCUAAUAUUUUUUCUUAGAUUUUUGUUCAGUAUCUAAAGUUUGCCUCUUUGUAUUUUUAGACUGCCUCUGUGAUCCUCAAAAUAAGAGGCAAAGUUUCUUUCCUCAGAAGAUAAGAUAAUUGAUUAAGUACCAAGUUCCUCCUUGCUGUUUCCUCUUAGCACUUUUUGCAUGUGUGCACGCACAACCACAUGAAGGGAAUUCAGUUUGCAAAUCAAGGAAUUUGGAUGGGUGCGUGUGUGGGGGGGGUCUGUUUCUGAUUCUAAGAAGAAUUGAAAUGGGUUAUUUUCUCUCUCUUGAUCUCGAAAAUUCUCAAAUAUCCCGUGUUCCAACUGAUUUUACCUCAAUUUUAAUCAUAUAUGAGAGUUAGUAACCUGUGUAACAUUUGGCUGCUGUUGAAAAAGCAG